CGCAAACAUUGCAAUCUCGUUGUCACUGUAUAUUGCGACGCUUCAAAAGGCUGCGAUGAAGCAAUCCCAGCGCACCUGCUUCGAAAACAAUUACAGAACCGCUGUCGCCCUGAACAAUAUGGGUGUUGAACUGCUCGUGAAAGGGUGCUUUCGCCAAGCCUACGACACUCUGAAAGAUGCCAUCGCAGCGAUGAAAGAGACGCACAUAGUGUCAGAUACUAUCGAGCGCAAACGUCCUUCCUCUGGAUUCAUUGACGGGUCAAAUUCUGUUUCGAUGGAAAGCUUUCUCAGUGAAGCUGUAAAGCGCGUUUGUGCGCCUUGCAUAAUCCAAACUAACUGUAACAUUCACUUUGAUGCGAUCAGCGACAAGAAUCACGCACAAGCGAUAGCCAAAAUCAGCGAUGUUUUUAUUUCAGGUAAAACACGAUGUGACCACGACAAAAAUUUCCUGUACAGACCAGUCAAAAUUGACGUUAACGAGAGUAUAGCAGAUCUUCGUUCCGAUCUCCAUCUCGACUUUGAAAGUGGCGUUGUGCUUUUCAACUUCGCUAUGGUCCAUCUCUGCCUUGCCAGAACAGGGAGGGAGUUUAAGCGAGCACACUUCUUUGCACGGAACGCUCUACAGCUUCUCUGCUGCGCAAACGAUGUCGUUGCGAAGGAAUGCAUGGAUGCAGCAGUAUCAACAACCUUAAUUUUCUCUGAUCCGAUUCAUCAAUACUGCCAAGUGCUUCUGACCGCUAUGAUACUGGACAACGUGGUUCAACUGUGUUGGACCUUGGGGAUGACUAAACAUGCGGAGGAGGCUGCGCAGCGACUUGCUGCUUUGGAAGCCGCUGCGUCCGAACAAGAAGAACACAUGCAAUUUAUCAUGAUGUCUGUUGAUUUUGCUGCAGCAGCUGCCGCAUAGCCAUCGAUCAUUGGUAGUUGCCGCUUUUUGGGGGCAAUUGUGAUAGAGGCAAGCCAAUUGCUAUAAAUAUUCUUAUAG